UACUCCGCUUUCUUAUCCUAUGCGAAGGGGCGGGCUUAUUCUUUCAGACUUUGGAGAAAUGUUCGAAAGUUGGAAGCGGUGCGGUUGACGGGAAAAGCCCUUUGCCGAGAUUAACAGAACCCAAAUGGAAAUAGUAUUCGAGGGGGAAGUCAACCACUGCAUGACACGCUGCUCACCCUGCUAUGAAUGCUCGCAAUAAGAACAAACUUUCUGGAUACGACAGUCGGCUUGAUUUUGGUGCAUGGGAAUGAGCCUGAAUUUUUUUUCUUUACUGCCGUGAUCAGGGACGUUUAUAUAAAUAUAAAAAAAUCUCACGGAAGAGCACUGCUGGCUGAAGUCUCAUAAUGCGGACGGCUUGAACAUCAACAGGGAACAAUAACAAGUACGACGCUGUUUGGGUUUAUCGGCAGUUUAUUCGCGGACUUCUCUCUUUCUCCGGUCGAAUUACAACGAUUACGUUUAUUUUAUUGGCGAAUAUUGUUACUGCCUCGCCGUUCAAUUUAGGCUUCUGAAAUCAAAUAGAGAUGACGUCUCCAGCAAAAUUUCGAAAAGACAAGGAAAUAAUAGCUGAAUAUGAAACGCAAGUAAAAGAGAUCCGUGCCCAGCUGGUGGAGCAGCUGAAGUGCCUGGACCAGCAGUGCGAGCUGCGGGUGCAGCUCCUCCAGGAUCUGCAGGACUUCUUCCGCAAGAAGGCCGAGAUCGAGGUGGAGUACUCGCGCAACCUGGAGAAGCUGGCCGAGCGCUUCAUGGCCAAGACGCGCAGCACCAAGGACCACCAGUUCAAGAAAGAGCAGAACGUCCUGUCACCAGUGAGCUGCUGGAACCUGCUGCUGAGCCAGGUGAAAAGGGAGAGCCGAGACCACGCUACACUCAGCGACCUCUACCUCAAUAACAUCAUCCCACGCUUUGCACAGGUCAGCGAGGACUCUGGACGCCUCUUCAAGAAGAGUAAAGAGAUCGGCGUCCAGCUGCAAGAAGACUUGAUCAAGGUCCUCAACGAGCUUUACACGGUAAUGAAGACCUACCACAUGUACAACACGGACAGCAUCAACGCCGAGAGCAAGCUGAAGGAGGCCGAGAAGCAGGAGGAGAAGCAGAUGAGCCGCUCCGUCAAACAGGACGAGCGGCAGACGCCCCGCUCCCCUGACUCGCUGGCCACCAUCAAGGCCGAGGAGAAGCACGUUCGCCGCAGCUCCGUCAAGAAGAUCGAGAAGAUGAAGGAGAAGCGCCAAGCCAAAUACACUGAAAACAAGCUGAAAGCCAUCAAGGCCCGCAACGAGUACCUCCUAGCGCUGGAGGCCACCAACUGCUGCGUCUUCAAGUACUACAUCCACGAUCUCUCCGACCUCAUUGACUGCUGUGACCUGGGCUACCACGCCAGCCUGAAUCGGGCUCUCCGCACCUACCUCUCAGCCGAGUUCAACGUGGAGACGUCUAAGCAUGGAGGCCUGGAGGCCAUCGAGAGCGCGGCCGAGAACCUAGAGGCUAACAGUGACAAGCAGCGCCUCAUGGAGACCUACAAUCACGUCUUCUGCCCCCCAGUGCGCUUCGACUUUCAGUCCCAUAUGGGGGACAUGGUGGGACACUUGUGUGCCCAGACUCCCCUGCAGGGGGAGCUUCUCCAGAGGUGCCAGCAGCUGCAGUCCCGCCUCUCCACCCUCAGGAUAGAAAACGAAGAGGUGAAGAAGACCAUGGAAGCCACCCUGCAGACCGUCCAGGACAUGGUGAACAUCGAGGACUAUGAUGUCACUGACUGCUUCCACCACAGCAAUUCCAUGGAGUCCGUCAAGUCCACUGUCUCGGAGUCGUUCAUGAGCAAGCCCAGCCUGGCGAAGAGGCGUGCCAACCAGCAGGAAACCGAGCAGUUCUACUUCACGAAGAUGAAGGAGUUCCUGGAGGGGAGAAACCUGAUCACCAAGCUGGAUGCCAAGUAUGACCUGAUUCAGAAGACACUGGGAGAAAGCCAGAAGACUGAAUGCUGUGUUGCCAGUGGAAGGAGGAACUCGGCCGUGCACAAGCAGGAAUCCAACCAAGUCAUUCCACUGAUGGUGGAGAGCUGCAUCCGAUUCAUCAGUCGGCAUGGCCUGCAGCACGAGGGCAUCUUCAGAGUAAACGGGUCACAGGUGGAGGUCAACGACAUCAAGAACGCUUUCGAGAGGGGCGAGGACCCCCUGGCAGGCGACCAGAACGACCAUGACAUCGACUCCAUCGCCAGCGUGCUGAAGCUGUACUUUCGGGGCCUGGAGAACGCCCUCUUCCCGAAGGAGGUCUUCCAUGACCUCAUGUCCUGUGUCUCCAUGGAGAGUCUCCAGGACAGAGCUGUUCACAUCCGGAAGGUUCUGCUGAUUCUUCCUAGCAGCACGCUGGCCGUCAUGAGAUACCUGUUUGCUUUCCUCAACCACUUGUCCCAGUACAGCGAGGAAAACAUGAUGGACCCAUACAACCUGGCUAUCUGCUUCGGACCCACUCUCAUGUCCGUCCCCGAGGGCCAUGACCAGGUCUCCUGCCAGGCUCACGUCAACGAGCUGAUCAAGACCAUCAUCAUCCACCACGAGAGCAUCUUCCCGGGGCCGCGGGAGCUGGAUGGGCUGCUGUACGAGCGGGGAGGCGCCUCUGAGGAGUACUGUGACAGUCCCCAUGGAGAGCCCCCUGUGGUGGAGGGGCCUGCUCCGGACACCUCUUCCCAGCUCCAGAACAGCGAUGACGGCCACUCCCUCGUUUCAGAGUCCGAGCCCGUCGAGGCCAUCGCCCGCUUCGAUUACACAGGCCGCACCGACCGUGAGCUCUCCUUCAAGAAGGGCGCCUCCCUGCUGCUCUUCCACCGCGCCUCCAGUGACUGGUGGGCGGGCCGGCACAACGGCAUCGACGGCCUCGUGCCACACCAAUACGUCGUGGUCCAGGACAUGGAAGACGGCGUCGCCGGGAGAGGAAGUCCGAAAGCCGACGCUGAGCUGGCUGCAGAUGCAAUGCCACUGGAGGAGAAGGUGUCCACCAGGGGGAGCCUGAGCUCUCCAACUGGCGGCCACGUGGCUGAUAUUUACCUGGCCAACCUCAACAAGAUGAGGAAGCGACCGGAACCUGGGGGUCUCCGCAGGACGUUCCGGACAACAGAGGGGCUCUCGGAGAGUUGCCAGGCGACCGCCGCAGGCAGCAGGACUGCCUCCCUGCCACUUGGGGGGCCGUUGUGGGAGGGGCCCGACAAGCGGCCCAUCAGUGCACACAGCAGCCUGAACUCCAUCACCCGCCAUUCCUCCCUGAAGACCAAAGCAGAGAGCCCGCAGUUCCGCAAGGCGGCCACCGCGGGGCGCUCCAAGAGCUUCAGCAACCACCGGCCACUGGACCCAGAGGUCAUCACACAAGUGGAGCAGAGCUCCCAGGACAUUGAGGCCACCAUGAACACGGCGCUGAAUGAGCUCCGCGAGCUGGAGCGCCAGAGCAGUGCCAAACACGCCCCCGACGUGGUGUUGGACACGCUGGAGCAGCUGAAGGGCAGCCAGGGGGCGCCGGUGCCCACCUCUGAGCCGUCCAGCCCGCUACACUCACGCCUGCUGAAGGAGGCCGACACCCCCCGGAACCCUCUGCAGCGCAGCGCCAGCUCGGCCAGUGAUGUGCCCAGCACCUUCCGCCCGGGCAAAACUGCCGUCAAGGGCCCCGCCCCCAUCCCAGGGCCCAUCCGUGAGCCCCGCCCCCCUGCAACCCGCCCCAAGCCCGUGGUCUUCCCCAAGACCACCUCCGGGGGGAGUCCCGCCAUGGGUUCGCCCACCACGUCCAUGCCGCCCACACCGCCACCCCCGCCGCCCCCUGCAGACAAGUCCUGCCCCGUGUGAGCAGCAGUCCCUGGGGAGGGCAAGCAGCCAGCCUGCCGGACCAUGGACCCCCAAACUACUUUAUUAUUAUUUUCUUUUAAAAGGGACAGGAUGGAUUUCUCCAGAGACGGGGGCCACAUCCAUGCAGGGCAGUGAUUUUUGUAGGAGAGGGCCCUCGCCGUUCCUGUCGAUGUGAAGUGCUUCUGACUCGUACACCCACGCAUGGGUGCCUCAGCCCUGAAGCACGCUGCCGCUCGCCAUCAACCUUUAUUUUUCUAGAGACGCCGCAGAGGACUUUGGGGGCACUGGACAGUGCUGGGGAGGGCGAGUGCUGGCCUUGAUGGAACCUAACAAUGGACUGGGGGGUGGGGGCAUUUUUAUGAUCAGGGUGUUGAUUACAGUGCUGUAACACAAAGCUGUUUUAGGUGACUGUCUUUAUGUCGUGUGCCCCCAUCUGCCCCCCCCCCCCCCGCCAAUCACACCAGCUAACUUGUAACUUACUUCGGCCGCAUCCCCCACCGGAAGACAGUGAUGAUGUGUCCGGUUUUCUGGCAUUUUCCUCUUCGAAGUCCUGCCACCGUCUCUCUUCUUCAAAUCGCUUCUGCUUCACUGUGGCAGUCAUCACAGUUCCGGGCUGCGCUAUUGGUCGAUGACGAUCAGGCCCCGCCCCCUGCAGUGAACUUAUUCGGGCACAGUGUCCAGCUCCCAGGCCAGGGGCGGCUCGACGCCACAUGCCGGCUAGCAAACCGCUAAGCUUCUGUGAAACUCUGCCUCACUCCGGCUGCAUUAACAUAGAUUAGCAAACCUAAUGCAAGGAUAACAAACCGUAUUCAAUAGAUACAUAUUUAACUUUUCAAGUGGAAUCUGCAGAUCAAUCUUAUACAGUUUUGCCCGGCUGUGUAUUAAGGCAUUUAGAUAGAAGCACAACCUUUCAUGGAGAAUCUUCCACUGGGGAAAUGGCUGCUUUUAUAUUCUGCAUCGCUUCAGAUAUACAGUCAAGCUGUGUGUGUGUCUGUGUGCGUGCGUGAGUGUGUACAUGCAUAACAGUGUCAUACAUUUUGAAACGAUAUUUCAGGACUAGGGACUCCCACUGCGCUCCAGGGCACGUAGCUGUGGUUUCGGCAUGUCAAUUCGUAGCAGUGUGGUGACCUCACAUUCACCCAUGUCUCUCCACCCACUUCCAUUGGCCAGAGAAUUGUCCUGGUCCCAUUGCGGGUUUUUGACAUGCGUCUUUAUUGAAACCGAGCAUCUGACUCACGACUGUUACUGCGGACUCUGUCGUUUACACGAUUCAAAGCUGCCUCACCCUGAAACUGUACCUUCUUAAACUGUAACGGGCUGCGAGGUCAGUGCUGGGAAUCCAUCCGAGUGCUAAUUUCUGACUCUGAUCACUUUGCCCCUUGAUGUUCACUAGGACACAAUUGAAAGAGGAUUGUUAACCUGCGUCUCGCAUCGUGGGCCGUUGGACGAUCCUGUGACCGGGUUUGUCUUUUGUUUUUGUCCUUCCUCUGCCUUUGCCUUGACUGUACCGCCGUGUAAAUGUAUGUUCGGCCUUCCAGCCCUUGAAGAGAAGGGAGAGCGGCUGACUGUGCUGUUCUGCGGCCAGUUUAGCCGAGUGCUCCGUGGUUCAGCCAGAAGGAGGGAGGAAGGUAGAAGAGGCCCUAUAUGAGUUUCGAAAUAGUCCCAGGCCCUGCUUGUAGAUGUGGUUCAAAUAGGAUGGAUUUGAGUCAUGGGGGUUGUUCCAGACCUAGCAGGGGGGUGAGAAAAGCGAGACAGCCACUGGCCAUGUAGCUGUACAACGAGCGAUUGCAGUGAUGCCUUCUCUCUCUCUUUCUUCCUUCUCUCUCUCGUACUGUGACCACAUGCGCACAGCCUCUUAAGCCACUGUGCUGAUGGAUCCUCACUGCACAAUCAGGUGGAGGUGGCCGGCUGAUGAUCGGAGUCAUAAUGCGGAUUUCUAAAGACGCUCACUGCAGGCAUUCCACUAACAUUUUGUUCCAAAAGAGAAUUCCUGUUUGAUUUUCAUUAUUAUUUUUGAAAGAUGUUAACAGGUGGAUGUAAUAACUUGUGUGUGUAUGUGUGUAUGGCAGGAUGUGAUCGCCACGUGGUGACUCUCCUACUUAUGUAACUGGAAACUUGUGGGGGGGGAUGAGCUGGGGG